AUGGGUUUUUGGCAUCGGCAGUUUCCUGAUCAUGUAUGUCUUCUAAAGAAAUCUCUAUACGAAUCGAAACAGGCGCCACAUGCAUGGUACCAACGGUUCACCGAUUUUAUUCUCUCAAUUGGUUUUCAGCAAAGUCAGUGUGAUAAUUCUCUUUUUGUUUAUCAUCAUGGUACUGACGCGGCUUAUUUACUCAUCUACGUUGACAACAUUAUUCUUACUACAUCGACUGAUCAUCUUCGGGAUCAUCUUAUGCGUCGUUUGGGUGAUGAGUUUGCCAUGAAAGACCUUGGUCCCCUCAGUUAUUUUCUAGGUGUUCAAGUUACACGCACCGGCCAGUCUCUGUUUCUAUCUCAACAGCAAUAUACUCAUGACAUCAUUGAACGUGCCGGUAUGACUUCGUGUAACCCGGUUGCCACUCUAGUUGAUUGCAACGUGAAGCUAAGUGCGACCUCUAGCCCGGAGUAUGACAAUCCUAAUCAGUACCGUAGUUUGGCGGGUGCUCUUCAGUAUUUGACGUUUACACGUCCUGACAUCAGUUAUGCGGUUCAGCAGGUGUGCAUGCAUAUGCACUCCCCUCGUAUUGAUCAUUGGAACGCACUAAAACGCAUUAUUAGAUAUUUGAAGGGUACCUCCUCUUUUGGGCUCACUUUGGGCUCCUCUGCUGAUGUUUCUCUUCGUGCAUAUACGGAUGCUGAUUGGGCCGGGUGUCUAGACACACGUCGGUCCACCUCUGGGUACUGUGUUUAUCUUGGUUCUAACCUUUUGUCGUGGUCUUAG